AUGGAGAACAUUUCUACCAGGCUGCUGAUGCUCAUCUUAUGGAAUGUCAUGAAUGAAACUGCAGGUCAGAUACCACCUCAGGGGUUUAGGUAUGCCUCUUAUGAAGUGACCAUCCCAAGGAAACUGACCCCCAGGUAUGGACAACAGGAGCCUCAUCAUGUCAACUAUCUGGUACACGUCGAGGGGAAGGGCCACAUGGUGCACCUCAGGCAGAAGAAGGGAUUCAUCCCUAAACACUUCCCUGUCUUCACCUAUAAUACAGAGGGGGAACUCCAGGUGGACUACCCAUUUAUCAGGGAUGACUGUUUCUACCUUGGUUCUGUAGAAGGAACGCCUUCCUCUUUGGUCACUCUCAGCACUUGCUCAGGGGGACUCAGGGGUCUGCUUCGAUUAGAAAAUGAGACCUAUGAAAUUGAACCUGUCCAGGCAUCUCUGACUUUUCAACAUGUGGUGUAUCGGUUGGAAGAGAAGACGGGCGCCGUCCGUCUGAGAUGUGGGCUAACGGAGGAAGAGCAAAGUCUUCAAGACACCGUGAUCCAGAAAACAGAGAAUGUAGUGGACAGAAGGGCUUCCAGAAGAGACUGGUGGUCACAUACCAGGUAUGUCAAGGUGGCCGUUGUGGUAGAACAUGAGCGAUAUGUGCAGUUUGGCAGAAAUGAAACUUAUACUGCUACACAAGUUCUGAAUGUCAUCCAUACUGCAAAUUCAUUUUAUGAGCCACUUUCUCUUCAGAUAUCUGUGGCUGGUCUGGAGAUCUGGUCAGCAAAGAACCUCAUAGAAAUCAAUGACAGCAUGGUGGUCACACUUAAUUCUUUCUGUCAUUGGAGGAAAAUUUCAUUACUUCCACGGCUAAACAAUGAUGCUGGUCACUUAUUUAUAUAUAAAACAUUUCCAGAUAACCUUGGCUUGGCAUACUUAGGAGCAAUUUGUGAUAACGAUUAUGGAGCUUCUGUUGGAUCAUAUGUGACUUCCAGUUUGUUCCUGUUUUCUUACAUAUUUGCCCAUGAAUUGGGACAUAUGCUUUGAAUGAGACAUGAUGGUAAAUACUGUCAUUGUGAGAAAAAAGACUGCAUUAUGGCUAAAUUUGAAGCAAACACAGAUAAGUUUAGCAAUUGCAGUUAUUCUGAUUACUUCAAAAAAAGGAACUUUCGUUGCUUGUUAAUUCCACCAAACCCCAAUGAAAUGUAUAAAAUGAAAUUCUGUGGCAACAAAGUAGUGGAAAAGGGCGAGCAAUGUGACUGUGGUUCAAAAGCUGAGUGUGAUUUGGAUCUAUGUUGCCUAUCUAAUUGUAAGUUGCGUCCAGGUGCUGAAUGUAAUAUUGGACAGUGUUGCCGCCAUUGCCUUUAUCGUUCACACCGAGACCGUUGCAGAGGGAGGACUAGCGCCUGUGAUCUCCCUGAGUUCUGCAAUGGGACUUCAGCAUGGUGCCCUGAAGACCUUUAUGUGCAAGAUGGUACCCCAUGCAGUGCUAGUGGAUAUUGUUAUCAUAGGGUGUGUACUACCCACAGCGAGCAGUGCAAAGCCAUCUUUGGCAAUCAAGCAACAGUUGCUUCAGAGAAUUGUUUCAGAGUACUGAAUUCUCAAGGUGACCGCUUUGGCAACUGUCGCCUUAGACAUGGAGCCUUUAAGAAAUGUCGUAAAAAGAAUAUCCUGUGUGGCCGAAUCCAGUGUGAAAAUGUGCAUAGCUUACCUUCUUUGGAGGACCACAGUACCAUAAUCCAAACACCUGUUGGCAAUACAAAAUGCUGGAGUAUAGACUACCACAGCGGAAUGGAGAUUGCUGAUAUUGGGGCAGUGAUAGAUGGAACUCCUUGCGGCACUGACAUGAUGUGCAUUAAGAGGAAAUGUGUGUCCGUGUCCCUCUUGAACUAUGAUUGUAAUGCCACAAAGUGCCAUAAUCGGGGAAUAUGCAACAACCGCAAACAGUGCCAUUGCGAUUAUGAGUGGGCGCCUCCUGACUGUCUUAUGGAAGGCUACGGUGGUAGCAUUGACAGUGGACCUGGUUUCGAGCAAAGGAGCGUUGUCAUUCCACAAAUUAUUGUAGGAACUGUAUCUGUCCUUUUUGCUGCCACUUUAGCUCUUGGCCUGGGUGUAUAUUAUAGGAGUGUGCUGAAGCACCAGUUUAAAAGGCUGAGUUCCAGAAUCUCUCCUAUAAAAACAACAGAGGAAGGAAAUCCCCAGAGAACAACUGAUUAA